CACAUUUCUCCACACCCUAAUUUGACGUUUCCAAUUCUAUGAUGUAUUUACAAAUAAAAAAUGGCUGGUUUUGAAGAUUUGAUUCUAAUAGCUGCAUCGGUUUUGACCAUUGGGUUAAUUAUGAAGAAAAAACGUUAUGUACGGAGUAAAAGAAGUUUCUGGGUUAAUCCGUACUUGCGACAGAGGAAUAGCAAGGGAAGAUUUGUAGAAGAUUUUUACGAUAUGCGUGAGUGGAAUGACGAAUUCUGCCAAAAUUUCCACAUGGAGCAGAAGGAAUUUGAUAUAUUGUAUGAAAUAGUACGACCUCAUUUGGAGCCGAAAAGGAAUACUCGUCCAGAUGGUAUCAGCGCGAAACAACGAUUGGUGUACACUUUAGAAUAUCUUGCUGGUGGACCCUUUUUUGAAAGAUAUGCGGCUAGUAACUAUCGUAUCAGCAAGGCGUCAAGUUCAAUCAUUAUCAAGGAGACAUGCCAAAUAAUUUACGAACAGCUGGCAAAAACGGAAUUCAUGGAAUAUUCGAAAGAAAACUGGUUAGCGGUGGCGAAUGAAUUUGAAAAGAAGUGGAACAUGCCUAAUUGUCUAGGGUCGUUGGAUGGUAAACAUGUGCGCAUCAAGUGCCCGGCGAAUGCGGGUUCCUUAUAUUACAACUACAAGCGUUACCAUAGUAUCAUAUUAAUGGCAGCAAGUGAUGCUAGUUACCGUUUUACUUUCAUCGAUGUUGGGUCUCCGGGAGCAGAUGGUGAUGUUAACGUUUUCUCAAGGACCGAAUUCGGAAGAAAUAUUUUAGAAAACAACUCAUCUUUGGAUUUCCCACAUGACGCUCCAAUCAAUGGUGACGAUACGCCGUUCUUCUUCAUAGCAGAUGACGCUUUCCCUCUGUCAAGCAGAAUUAUGAAGCCUUAUGGAACCUGCAACGAUUUUACAAAUGAUCAGCGUAUUUUUAAUUACCGACUGUCACGGGCACGUCGCACCGUUGAAAAUGCCUUUGGAAUCCUAACGAUGCGCUGGGGAUGCCUCAGAUCCGAGUUUCUGUGUGGACCAGAUAAGGUCAAAAUUAUAGUUGCCGCAUGUUGUGCUCUCCACAAUUUUUUAUUAAAUCGUAAUGUAUCGUAUGCCAAGGCAGCAGACCGAUAUGAAAAAGACGGACGAGUUAUCGAAGGGGAAUGGCGUACGAUGCAGCAAAUGGAUCAAAUUAAUGGGCAACGACGAGGACGUCCACAAGAAUCUGGCAGCUUCAUUCGGGGCAAAUUAACCGAAUACUUUAACAAAUUCGACAUUCUUCCUUAUCAAUUUGAACGUGCUAAUUGCGUUUAAAAUCAAAAUUCAAAGUAACAGUUAUUCCACAUGAAGCACUGAUUCACCCAGCGAUUUUUUUCAACUAUUAGAGUAGAGUGGGGCAAGAGUG